AUGAACCCAUACGUAGCGAACCCGGAUAACAUCCCCGCCACCGACCGGUACGCAGAUGUGCCGUUCUACGGCCGAUACUUCCCCAGAAAAGACGACUUUCGCGUCGAUCCCCAGCACGCGUCGGUUGUUGCUCCCUGCAAUGGGUCUGUCAGGAUCUACCCCGCCGACGAGGGCGGCCGCGACGUGUUUGCCCUGGGCAGCGUCAUCGUCAAGUCUAGCCAUCUUCACAGUCCGGGGAAUGGCCAGCAUACAGAGAUUGACUACCCAUACGCUGAUGCCAAUGAAUUGCGGGCUGUUGAUAUUGCCAAGGGCGUCCUGAAAGACGUUAGAGUGCCAGAGAUGUUCUUUGCUGGAAAGGAAGCAUUUAAGCAGCAGGCACGGGAAAUACUUCGACAAUUACACGCAGUAAAGCCCACCGAUGGACGUCUAGUUCGCUCCCACAUCGUCCCAGACCCCAACAUCCUCAGCAACGGCCGUAUCCAUCCCCUGGAAGGAGAUAUCCUCUUCCCAAACACCAACAACGACCCAGACAUGGGUUUCAUGCACAACGACUUUACCGAGUCUAACUGCAUAGUUGACAAUGACAGGAUUGUUGGGCUUAUUGAUUGGGAGAUGGCUAGCUUUUUUGGCUGGAAAACGGCUGGCGAAGUCCACCGGAGGAUCAGAACGCCUCAGAGGGAACAUUUGGUCAAUGCCAACUUGAGUGAGGAAAGGCUUCAGGAAAUCAUGUUUUGGAAUGAUCUUUAUGACGAUGGUAUACCUGAGUUUUGA